AUGUGGUGGAAGAAAUACAUUGGAAAUCCACAUGGAGUUGGAGAGUUGAAAAGAUCUCAACUUGAGAACCUUUUGAUUGCCUCGUGUGAGCAAUAUGAGAAAAUGCAAAAGCAACAGCACGCUCUAGAAAGCGAAAUUAAAGAUUUAAGUGUUGAAUCAAUCAGAAAGGCAAAAGUUGAGAGUUCUGCUCGCAUCUUACAGAAUAUGAAAGGAAGCGAAAUAUGUCCUUCAAAUUACGCUGCAUCACAUCAUAGAGCAUCACAAUUAGAAGCGCAAUUAUUCCAGUUAAAAAACGACUUAGCAAUGCUUAAUGAUACUAUAUCAUAUGAUGAUGAAGUAUUACGGCAAAUGGUAACGGCAUAUCAAAUUGAGCAACCUGUACCAAAGCAAUCGCUUAAAAUAGGUCCAUUUAACAAUUCAGACUUGCGUAAAAUUAUGUCCUUUCUUACAGAUUUGCAAAAUAGAACAGACGAUCCUGAAGAUUUAGAUGAAAUUACGUUAUGUAUUAACUUAUUAAACGGAGAUUCCCGCUCAAUUGGAAAAUUUAUGUCUAAUAUUAGAGAAAAUUUUGAAAAUACUCGCGAACAUUUUGAAAAUGAGAUUGAUUCGAUAACAACACAAUGCCAAACUUAUAUAAAGAAGACUGCCAAGCUACGUGAGUCUAUGGAAGCUCUUUCCAAGCUAUCAGAACAGAUCAUGCCUCAGAUGCCAUCAGUCAGACGAGAUUUAAUUGCUAGAGUUGAAUCUCUUGGUGACACCCACACACCAUACUUAGAAGCCGAAAAGAAUGUGAAGCAAUUACGUGAAAAGAAGGAGAGUCUUAAGGAUGAAUGCACCGAAUAUGCAUCAGGAAUGAUUUUGCAGCCACUUGAAAACGGAGAUCAGCGGAAAAUGUUAGAUGAAUCAGUCCAAAUCAAAGAAGAUAUGUUGUACAAAGAGAUGCAAAUCAAUGAGCAAAGACAAAGAACUCAAAUGUUGGAAUCUCUCGUGGCAAGUGCUCAAGAAGCCUUGAAACAGAGUAAUAAUGAUAUAGAAGACAUAAAAGAGCAGUGUAGGAAGGUUGUUUUGGCUACUGAUGAGAAGAAAGGCAGAAUCCAAGAACUCGACAAUUUGAGUAUGAAACUCAGAGACGUCGAAAUAAUUCAAACUUUGGCGACAAAAACAACUGUUGAUCAAAUUUCAGAUUAUUUGAAGGAGAUGAGAGAAAAAGUCGAUGAAACAAAGAAGAGAAAGACGGCAGUCAAGAUGAGAGUAACAACAAUGAAAGACCAAAGCAAGAGAUUCUCGAAGCAAAUAAGAGAAAUGAAAGAUUUAUUACAAGUUUCUCAAUGUUAA